GUGCGGGACCGCAACGCUCCUCCGUUUCUCCGCGUCUCCGAUCCAUACGCAUCCGCACUGGCACCGGCAGCACCGGGACUUUGUUGUUUUAACAGUGUAACAGGAUCGUGCGGCUGAUUUGAGCUCUUAAACAACGUGCUUAUCUUGUGCUUGGAGGAUCUUUGAGUAGUGCGAGCUCGGUUAACCUCUCUUGGUCGGUACGUCUCCGGCGGGGCGGAUCGGAGCGGUGCGCGUUUAUCCGCAAACGCGUGUCAAUUCCUGCAGACCUGUGCGAAUGCGAUGCGUCUGUCUGAGCCGUGCAGGUUUAGUGCGUUUUUGAGGAAGGAUUCCUUGCGCCGAUUGUAACCUCGGACUUUGUGUGUGUGUGUGUGUGUGUGUGUGUGUGUGGUUUUCCGCCUUCCAUUCUCUCUCUACACGGGACACUUUACUCCCAACUAAAGCUCAUUGAAAGUUACAGGAUGGUUCCGGUUGCAGAGCCACGGCUUUUAACGGCUCCGGCAAUCGCGCGGCUCAUGAAAUCGAGGCGGGGUUCGCAGUCGCAGCAGUCGGAAAUGUAAAAGCAAAGCGUCAAGCCGCCUUAUUUCCCCCUCUCUCUUUUUUCUGUCUUUUUACUUUCUCAUAGGCAACAGUAUACACGGGCACACACAGGCGGGCACAAGCGGACGCCGCGACACUGACACACGCACUUUUACGCACACACUCACACACACACACACACACACACACACACACACACACACACACACAUCAACACGUAUCCUGCACAUAAACACGCCGAUUCGUUACAGUUAGGCUAUCCAUCUCACACAGAUCCAGUCCACCAGAUAUGUAUUCUCCGCUAUGCCUAACUCAGGAUGAAUUCCAUCCUUUCAUUGAAGCAUUGCUGCCACACGUGCGAGCAUUCGCCUACACUUGGUUCAACCUGCAGGCCCGCAAGCGAAAGUACUUUAAGAAGCACGAGAAGCGCAUGUCCAAGGAAGAGGAGCGCGCAGUGAAGGACGAGCUGCUGAGCGAGAAGCCCGAGGUCAAGCAGAAGUGGGCGUCGCGCCUGCUGGCCAAACUACGCAAGGACAUCCGGCCCGAGUUCCGGGAGGAUUUCGUGCUCACCGUGACGGGGAAGAAGGCGCCCUGCUGCGUGCUCGCCAACCCAGACCAGAAGGGCAAGAUGAGGAGGAUCGACUGCCUGCGCCAGGCAGACAAAGUGUGGCGCCUGGACCUGGUCAUGGUGAUUUUAUUCAAAGGUAUUCCGCUCGAAAGUACUGACGGCGAGAGGCUGGUUAAAUCCCCGCAGUGCUCGAACCCAGGCUUGUGUGUGCAGCCACAUCACAUAGGAGUUUCCGUAAAGGAGCUGGACCUCUACUUGGCCUACUUCGUACAUGCAGAAGCUACACACUCUGAAAGUCCCAACCAGGCCAGCGAGGGGGACGUUAAGGACCAGCCGGAAAAUGGUCAUCUGGGCUUCCAGGACAGUUUCGUCACAUCAGGCGUCUUCACCGUCUCUGAACUUGUGCGAGUCUCACAGACCCCCAUCGCAGCAGGCACGGGACCCAACUUUUCCCUGGCAGAAUUGGACACCUCCUCUUACUACAGUAUGAGCCCAGGUGCCAUGAGACGGCCUUUACCCAGCACCUCUUCUAGCAGUUCUGCGAAGCGUAUUAAAUGUAUGGAGGAGGAGGUGGACAGUCCAGGUGAGGAGUCAUACUACCCCGGUCAGGGCCGAUCUCCGGGAAGCGGAAGCCACGCUACCAGCUGGCAUGAAGUAGAGCCAGCUGGAUAUAAACUACGCGGCUCGCUAGCUAGUUCGUUCAUCUCAAGACAAGCGAGUCCUCACGCCACGCCGUCAAGCCUUCAUUUCCCGACGUCGCCGAUCAUCCAGCAGCCCGGCUCCUACUUCUCCCACCCGGCCAUCCGCUACCAUCCGCAGGAGACGCUCAAGGAGUUUGUCCAACUUGUCUGUCCUGACAGUAGUCAGCAAGCUGGACAGGUGGGCUUCCUGAAUCCCAACGGCAGCAGUCAAGGGAAGGUUCACAACCCAUUCUUGCCCACGCCUAUGUUGCCCCCUCCACCGCCCCCGCCCAUGGCGCGGCCUGUGCCACUGCCCGUGCCAGACUCCAAACCUCCCUCCACCACGACCGAGGGAGGAGGCACUUCACCCACCUCGCCAACUUACUCCACACCGAGCACGUCCCCCGCCCAGCGCUUUGUCAGUGUGGGCCCCAGAGACCCCAGCUUUGUAAAUAUCCCUCAGCAGCCUCAGUGGUACCUGGGCUAAAGACUCAAGAUUCGGAACCGGCCUCUCGCAAGCUCAGACGCCCCCCCUGCCUCCCUUGAGUGUGACUCACAAACGUGCCCACCGGUGUGAUGCGCCAGGAGCCACUCGCCCCCCCUUCAGAACCCACUGACCCACAGCAUGGCUACAGCAGACCACAGAACGAAUCCGAUCAAAUCCAACCAACAGCAGAAUGUAUGUUGGCUACGACCAGCAUACUUAAUAUCUAUAUAGCCCAUAUGUAUUCCUCCAGAUGUACGGUUUCUAAUCCUAUAUUCAUAUAUAAGUAACUCUGAAGCUCUGAGCUUUAAAAAAGAGAGUUAUGAUGUACUGGGAAACGUGCAUGACUUUUUAUUUCCUUCAGCCAGAUACAAAAAAAUAAUAGUAAUGUGAUACAAUCGAGAGCUUCCUUCAGUCCAACACGACUGUAGCCAAACUCACCAAGAGCCAAGCCGCAUCAUCACUAAUUCUCUGCAGCUAUACGUAAAGGAUACGUGCUCUGUCCAUCCCAGACUGGCGCUCCCCGUGUCCCUUUCCCAAAAUGUUUGUCAGGAUCUAAUGGAAUCUCUUUCCCGGUGGAUCAGCUGGUGACUUUAUGAAGAGGUUUUUAAUGGAUCGGAUUCAUGAGCUGAAACAUCACUUGACUCUUUGCCGGAACUGUUCAUUCAUAUCCACCGCCCCCCUCCGAGACCUGCACCACGUCGCACACGGCAGAAAAGUGCCCAGAGGACUUCAGUGUAUGAAGAUUUCCCCCACAUUUAUAUCUCGGGGCAGGGAGUGAGAAGAGCUGAUGUUUUUAUCACUCGACCAGGUGAAUAAUAUGAGCUUAGAAGGCUGUAAAGUGAAGUAUUCAAAUGGGAGAUUUCUUUCCUUAAAAAAAAAAAGAGAAAAAAAUCACGUCUCAUGUGUUUGAGGCGUGUUCAUGUUCCGUUUUUUUGUGUAGAAUCAUUUCAGUUGUUUUAAAAAACACCCCACCUGAAGGUCUGUACAACUCCAUAAAGAGAGAAAGGGUGGACAAGAUGUGAUCAUGAUUGGAGGAAAUUUUGACCAGAGGAAUCGAGAGACGUGCAAUUUUGUUGGAAAGGUGUCAGAGUGUUAAAUAUCUUUUGUAGAUAGAAAAUAAUUUCUGCGAUUGUUGAAAAGUAUAUAUGUCUAUAUAUAUAUUUUUCUUCUAGUCCGUUCACACCUCUGGGACUCUAAAAUCUUGGGGUGCAAAAAGAAAAACAAACAAAUAGGAUGGAGAAACAGGGGGAGCUGUACUUUGUACUUCCUUGUUAUUUUUACGUUGGUUCAUCUUUAAAAAUUUGUUUGUGUUGUAGAACAAAAAUCCCUUUAAAAAAUGUUGCCAUUUAAACAAUCAGUUUUAAGCAUUCUGACUUCAUCUACGUGUGGAAGUCAGACUGCGGCGCUAAUUCAUGUCCAAAACACUAUGCUAAUUAAUUUAUUUUAACCAAGCACAUAAUCCUGAAGCAUUAGGCUUGUGUUCUUUUUAUCAUCACGUUCUAUAUAAGAUUUAUUCAAUCAUAUCAUGUCUGCUUUCUUCUGAAAGCUGUGGUUGUGAGUAUAAUCAGAAAAGGGGCGCUAAUCUUUACCCUAAUGAAGCUAAACUAUGGACGGAUCCCAGCGCUCGCACCCUGCAACCUUUUCUACACACAGUACAGUCCGUAUCAUACUGCCUCCUGUAGGCUAAAGCUGUGCCUGUUUCGUAACGGGGUGAGACGCCUGUACAACUGAAACUUCCUCUGUAACCUUUAAAAGUGUUACACAAAAACAGAAAAAUGUGAAGAUCAAACGUGAGAAUGCAACUGCAGAGCGAAGCCUUUUCAAUUCAGCAGCUUCGCAUGCAAUUUAACCUUAAUUCUUGAUUUUUUUGACUUGUGUUUUUCAUUUCGUACAGUACAUACGGUAUAUAAUAACUUACAACUGACUCAUCCAGUCUUGAUCUUGAAAAAUAUAUAAAAAAAUAAAAAUAAAAAAAUGCAUGUUCUAGUGUUAGUGAGAGAUUUUUACAUAGAUUAUGUAGAGUUAAAUUAGUGUGAAUAAAGACACAAUAUUAUAAUCCCAACUCCAGGCACUUGCCAAUCGAGUAUUUGUUUGGCCCCCUUGAUGAAAGAUGGGUAUUUUUACUGCUGUCCUCACAAUCAACCAGCUACACAUCUUAAGCUUCUCCUCAUCUCUCUCGAUUGUCCCUCCCGACUUCGUUACUUUGAAAACAAUCAUUCUGGGUUUUUCUUUCUUUCCUCCUCUGAAGUUGCACGGAAACAGUUGUUCCUCAUCAAUGUGCCUUGAGCGAUGGUCCAGUCCUGAGUUGAUGCACAAGCUGCAACAUAAAGAGCUCCUUUCCCCCCAGAUUUUCUCCCCCUGUUCAGCACUGUGCAGGAAAUCAGAGAUGAUGGUUAAAACCUGCUGUAAAACCUGCUGUUAGAAGCUGGUGCAGAGGUUUCAGCUCUUUUACACACCUGUCCUUCUGUAGUUCUCUUGUGUGACUGCUUUGUCCGACACUUUUGAUGAUUUUUUGUUGUUCCAUUUUUAAAAAAUUCUAUUCUUUCUAUUCUUAAUUCAAGCCUGUUCAUUUACACAGUGAUCAGCUUUACAUCCUGGAGGAAGCACGUUAGCCCUUGCCCUACCAGAUUAUUUUUUAAAUUGAAACCAUCAUUUGAUAAAAUCCAAACUCCAGUUAAGAGGACACUAGUAAAUCACAGGAAGAGCGAUAGAUAACAAUCCCAAGCAAUUACACCUAAAAGAGAUAAUUGAUAAAUCAGUGAGAAUAAUUAUGGCACUAUUUAAACAUAUUGGUCUAUAAAUUAGAACUUAUUAACAAUUACUUUAAAAGACCUUAAAAGUUUUACUGCAGUCGUCCACUUUUUCAUUAAUAAUAUUACCUGACAUUACCUAAAAUCUGCUAAUCUCAAUACCCCACAGGUUCAAACCCCCGUGUGCUAAAUACGCAGAAUAUUAUUAUUACUGUCUGCCUUUUUCUUUCUUUUCCGCUGUGGUCGUCUCAGUUCUAACUCUAGAACAUAAUGAUGUUGUAUCUGUACGAGACUGCACCACCUCGGUCUCAUACCGCCAAACAAUCAGCUCAGUGUCAAACUCCUGUCAGCAGUGAUUAAAAAACAGAGGUUUAUUAGUGUAAGUGUAAGGCCAGGCCUUUUUCUGAUAGUGUUAACGUGAGUGUAUCGAUAUGUUUGUUUGUAUGUUGCCAUUUCUAAAUGGAAACCACUUUUUUUAGUCUUCCUGUUUUAGUUCCCAGAACAAUAAGGAAAAAAAACAUUAAUAUGCAAUACUUGCUUGCACUCAUGUAAAUCUUUCCUACUCAUGUUUUAUUCUUUUUUUCUAUAAACAUUUAUAUAAAUUAAGUGUUGCACUUGACGGGCUGGGUGGAUGAACGUAUGGACGAACGUCUUGUGAUGACGACACAAGCUUGAUGGAAAUCCACGCCGGCCUGAUUUGGGUUUCAUUCUUUCUUUGUGCUUGAUGUGAAAUAUCGUUCGCGUGUUAAGUUUAUCAGUUCCUGGUCACAAGCAAGCCUUAAAACAAGGAAACUUCCUGUUCACCCUGAUGAGCCACACUGAAGAAAAAGAAAAAGUCAAGGAUUUAAAUUCAAACGCCCAUUUUUGUACUUUGUGUCGAUGCUCACGAUUAUAUUAACGCUUACCUGUUUUUUUGUCUGUUUAUAUAUCAUGAGUUUAAUAGAGGGACAGUAUUCCCACGUGUCUGAAUCUGAUGUGACAGUUAACUAGUUACUCUUGUGUGGGUUGUGUUUUAUUUUCUAUGGUUUUUUGUUUGUUUUGGUUGUUUUUUUUAGCGUGUUAGUUUUUUUCCAUCCUCUUUGCCUAGCCUUUGGUAAUUAGUUGGGCAUUACUUCCUUAAUUAUCUGCACUAAAUAUAAAAGAAUGACAGUUAUGAGAAUUUAUACAAACAGCUAAACAGCUUCCAGGGCUUAAAAAAGCAAAGGGAAUAUCAAUCUUUUGAGAAAAAAAAAAUCAUGUAAAAAAUCAAUUGCACGGACAUUUUUGUCAGUUCAGAGCAGCCGAGCAUCGAAUCAGCAAGAUAUCAGGCUGCGUGUGUAAGAUAAUGACAAAAUUGCACCAUUUUUAAAGAAAGACAAAAAAAGAAAAAGAAUAUAAAAGCAAUAGUUUGGGCAGCCUGUAUCGUUCUUGUGUUGUGUGUGUCAUUUUAUUUUAUAUAUAAAUAUUUUUGUUUUGUUUGAAUGGGGGGUUUCAAGCAGUUCUGGGGAGAAGAAGAACAAAUCUAACUGAGAUAGAGAAGAGAGCUAGAAUGGACACGCUGAAUUAUGGGAAAUCUGUUGUUUGUAUAUUGUAUAGUUUUAUUAAUUACACUGAUUUUAAAGCUGCCCUAUUUUAUAAUGCAGGACUUUUGUAACAUUGAUUAAAUGAGGAAAAACUAGUGUUGUGAAUUUUUGCAUCGUUUGUAUGCCACAUUAAUAGAACUGGUUUUGUUUUCUGGGGAACUGGAUUUAAGUUAAAAACUUUCCUGUUUCCUGAUUUAUCUUCUUUUGUUUUCUCUGAUUUGCUUUUCCUUUUUGUAUGUAUUUAAAGCCGUUUUGUUUUCUUUCAUUUGAUGGUAUAGAGUAUUGCUAAACUUGAAAAGUAUAAGGUAUUGAGGUGAAAGCCCUAUUGUACAUGGAUGUUACAAGUGCGCUUGCUGUUUGUUUUGAAGGUUCUUUGUUGCAUCAGUGUUGAUGAAGCUAAAUCUAGAUCAUUCUGAGGAUGUUGGUAAAGAAACGAGAGCGUUUUUAUGCAUUUUAAAAUUAGUUUUAGGCAGAAGACAAUGACAUAGACAGCCAAGGGAUGCCCUUAUUAUAAAUGCAUCUAGGCUUUUUUGUGUUCACCAUUCCAUGCAGGAAAAUAAAAAGCUUGAUAUGCAACAUGA